CCAGUCUAAACCAAUCCUUAAUCAGCACCUGUCUCUUUCCAUUCUUUGCCAUCCUCCCUCUUUCUCUAAAUUAGCGUACAUCCAACCUGCUACUACUACUUUUUUAGUACUCACUACCACUCGUUCAUUUUACUCACCCUUCUUUUAAUUUGUUAUCAAUCCUCAAUAUUUGCUACUAUCCAAUAUUCAUGGCUGCUAGAGAAAUUCUUCACAAGAUGAAGGUCAAAGCUGGCUUUAGUUCAGCACCACCAGACACUGGCAAGGGAAAAGGAAAAGUUUCGAAGCAUAUUACUCAUGGUUUUCAUCUUGUGAAAGGAAAGGCAAGUCAUCCCAUGGAAGACUAUGUAGUUUCUCAGUUUAAACAGAUAGAUGACAAGGAGGUGGGUUUGUUUGCAAUAUUUGAUGGGCACAUGGGUCAUGAUGUUGCAAAUUAUCUGCAGACACAUCUCUUUGAAAAUAUACUGAAAGAGCCAGGCUUUUGGAGUGAACCGGAGAGUGCAAUAAGGAAAGCAUAUGAUAAAACUGAUGGAGAGAUUCUUGAUAAAGUACUUGUACUGGGAAAAGGUGGCUCAACUGCUGUUACAGCUAUUCUUCUCAAUGGUCAAACACUAUUUGUUGCAAACGUGGGUGAUUCUCGUGCUGUUAUUAGCAGAAAUGGAGAGGCCAAACAACUGUCGGUGGAUCAUGAUCCUGGUACAGAAAAGACAGAAAUAGAGAAUCGCGGUGGUUUUGUAUCAAAUAUUCCAGGUGAUGUCCCACGUGUUGAUGGACAACUAGCAGUGGCAAGGGCAUUUGGAGAUAAAAGCUUGAAGAUACAUCUUAGUUCAGAACCCCAUGUAGAAGAGGCAAAGAUUGAUGAUACAACAGAGUUUCUGAUCAUGGCAAGUGACGGGUUAUGGAAGGUUAUGUCAAACCAAGAAGCAGUGGAUUCAAUCAAACACAUAAAGGAUGCUCAAUCAGCAGCAAAGCAUUUGACAGAAGCGGCUAUUUCUAGGAAAAGCAAAGAUGACAUAUCUUGCAUAGUUGUAAAAUUUCAAUGAUACAAGGUGUCUUGUUGACUAAAACUUCUGGUUUUCUAGUUUUGAUUCACGCUAUAUACCGCACUGGAAUAAAAAUCUUGUCUGUGUGUGUACCUGGAUAUGUUUAAUGCUGGUUUAAAUCUAAAUGUAUAUUCAGAUAUCACCUGAAAACAACCAGCACAACUCUCUUAGAAUUUGUACUCCAUAAGUGUUUAAUUAUAUUUUGCAUAAGAAUGAAGUAUAUGUUUAUAUAUCAA